GCACAUGCUGGCGGGCCGUUGUUGACAGCGGACGCUCUGAUAUGUAGUGGACUGAACACACACUUGUCUUAGGAACUUGAGAAGUAAAAGUAUGGCAGCGACGGUCGCGACACCAGUCAACCCCACCGAGCUGGAGUCUGACCUGUGCGGGAGUGAGGAGGAGAAGCACGCUGCCGGACCCGGGGAGGAGAGCAGCCCGCAGCAGAUGACGGGCCCCGCCGCCGCUGCUGCCGCCACCCACGGCCGCCUGUCCAAACUCCCGCUGGCCCGCAUCAAGGCGCUGAUGAAGACCGAUCCAGAUGUGUCGCUCGCGAGCCAGGAGUCCGUGUUCAUCAUCGCUAAAGCAACGGAGCUGUUUGUGGAGAUGAUUGCCAAAGAUGCCUUGGUGUACGCGCAGCAGGGCAAGAGGAAAACCUUGCAGAGAAAAGAUUUGGAUAAUGCAAUUGAGGCCAUAGAUGAGUUUGCUUUUCUUGAAGGGACACUGGAUUAAACUCUUCAGGAGCUGCAAACCAAAAAAAAUGCAACUGCCGGACUGUUUCUUUUCUGUGGGGACGUUUUUUAGUUAAACAUUUGAUUGAGUUUUUGUAAUGUUCUACAAAGCAUGGAAACAUGAGUGGUGAUUUGUACAUUGGUCUGUAAAUAUUUCUUUAGUGCUGCUU